AUGUCUCUUAUAGUUGUUUUACUGCCGAAGGUAGCAAAAUCUCAUGACAUUUUCAAUGAGCUUGAACUAAUGGGUUUGGCUAUCUCUGUGGAGGUGCAACGAACUUCUGGACAAAUCGGUCAGUACCAUCACGGUCAGAGAUAUGGUCACUCUCAGCCAUAUUGUACGGCUCCUCCCAGGUGCGUGGAGUACGCCCAAGAGCACGUCACACAACUGUGUCCACUUACAGAUCACGAUGCCAGAACCUGUGCAAAAUGUAGCCAAAAUCAUCCAGCAAAUAGCUUAGGCUGUAAAUUUGUCUCCAGGAACAACAAUGAACCUUGA